GUUUCUAGGGAAUGGCUUGGUGACUGUUUGCAACCAUGAGCAUUGGCACAAGCAACGGAAGAUAGUGGAUCCAGCAUUCAGCCGAACCUACCUGAUUGGUCUGAUGGAAACUUUUAAUGAAAAAGCAGAGGAGCUGAUGGAGAAGCUAGAGGAAAAGGCAGAUGGAAAAAAAGAGUUUAGCAUGCUGCUGAUGAUGAACCGGGUGACUAUGGAUAUCAUUGGAAAGGUAGCCUUUGGCUUGGAAUUAAAUGCACUGAGCGAUGACCAGACACCUUUGCCGCACGCUGUGACCACGGUUUUGGAGGGAAUGACCGAGGCGCGCAUCCCCCUCAUACAGUACAUGCCAGGGAAACAGAAGCUGGUGAAGGACGUCAAGGAGAGUGUGAGGCUGCUGCGGCGUGUGGGAAAGGAAUGCAUUGACCAGAGGAAAGAGGCCAUCCGGAACGGGAAGGAAGCCACGCUGGAUAUUCUUACGCAGAUACUGAAAGGAGAUGCCCUGGAGAAAAGUAGAGAUGAUGAAAACAUUCUGGAUAACUUUAUCACUUUCUUUGUUGCGGGUCAUGAAACUACUGCCAAUCAGUUGUCAUUUACAGUAAUGGCACUGGCUCAGCAUCCUGAAAUACUGGAAAGGCUUCAGGACGAAGUGGAUGAAGUUCUUGGUGCCAAGAGAGACAUUGACUGGGAGGAUCUUGGCAAACUCACCUACUUAUCACAGGUUUUGAAGGAAUCGAUGCGGCUGUACCCGCCUGUCCCAGGGACGGUGCGCUGGAUGGAGAAGGAGUGCGUCAUCGACGGCGUCAGAAUUCCUGCAAACACAACGCUCAUUUUCAGCACAUAUGUAAUGGGAAGGAUGGAAAGGUAUUUCAAGGAUCCAUUCACUUUCAAUCCGGACCGAUUUAGCAAAGAUGCACCUAAGCCGUAUUACUGCUAUUUUCCGUUCUCUCUGGGACCCCGAUCCUGCAUCGGGCAAGCGUUUGCACAGAUGGAGGCAAAAGUGGUGAUGGCAAAGUUGCUGCAGCGGUUUGAAUUCCAGCUGGUACCUGGGCAUUUUAAGCUCUUGGAUGCGGGAACCGUUAGGCCACUAGAUGGAGUAAGGUGUAAACUGAAGCCGAGGAGCCCGGCAAGCGGCUGCCAGGCGUGA